AUGUUUGGAAAAUCGAGUUUCAUCGUCAUUGUUUUUAUCCUUCUUUCAAGCACUUUUGCUAAAGGCAAACCUAAAACUUCCGAUUUCACAAAAUCACCGGCGCUUACAGUUCACAAAAAGCCUCAACCGAUCAAUCAAACAUUUAACAUCAACAACUGGGGCCUAGAAAAAGCUGAUCGAAAACUGCUAACCGAGAUGAAGUACGAAAUUGACUACCUAUACCAGAAAUCGACAAGCGCACCGUAAUUUUUAGGGAGUUAUUAUAACUCCAAAAAUGGAGUAAAAAUUUUAGGUACAGGAUAACCCCUUUUUGGGGGUUAUUUUAACUCCUAAUUUAACUCCGAAUUUGGGGUCAUUUUUACUCCUGAAAAAGAGUUCUUUUUACUCCCAGUCUGGAGUUAAAAUUACUCCGAAAUGGGGUUACUUGUACUCCUUACAGGGGUUGUUUUUACUCUUUUUGGAGUUACUUUAACUCUGAAAGUGGAGUAAAAAUUUUAGAUACAGUGUAACUCCUUUUUUGGGGUUAUUUUAACUCCUCAAUACCUGGGGUCACUUUUACUCCUGAAAAAGAGUUCCUUAAACUCCUUUUUGGAGUUAAAAUAACCCCACGAAAAAUAACUCCACUGUAAGGAGUUAAAUUAACCCCACUAGAGGAGUUAUUAGAACUCCCUGAAAAUUACAGUGCGCUAAAGGUGUAAACUCUUGCAAUUUAAUCAAACUUUUAGUUAACUAAAGAAGCGACUAAUUGUUCGAGGCUUAUUAUUAGAGCGACUUAAUGUUUGAGGAUUAUUAAUCAACUGAAAAAUUUUCUUACUUUCAGUUUGGCCGCAAGAUGGUUGGGUCCGCUACGGAAACUUCGGCUACCUCAUCAUCGACAUUCGAACCCUAAAAUGGAGCGAUGCUCGACGAACAUGUCAGAUGCUUGGAGGAGACCUCGCCAUAAUAAAAUCAGCGGAUGAGAAUAACUUCAUAUUCACCUUAUUAAAGAAACAGAAAACCAUCACCGAUCGGGGUGUGUGGCUUGGUUUGGUCCGCAAGGCGGACAACAAGUUCUACUGGAUUGAUGACACUCCACUGGCAAAAGGUUACACGGCUUGGGCACGCGGCGAACCAAACAGCGUGAACGAAAAGUGUGGAAACAUGUUGGGCUCGGCACACCGCCAAGGAGGCAAGUGGAACGACAUACCUUGCGAUCUCGAUCCGGCAAAGCAUUGGAAGUACGCUCCAGUUAUCCUUUGCAAGAAAAAGCAAAUUGGGUGA